ACAUCCGCGCCAAACUGAAUUUAGGGCCGUUAUCUUCUCCUUCCUCUCUCUCUCUCUCUCUCUUCUUCUCCAUCUCUCUCUCCUAAUUUUCUGGAGAAACUUUUUUUUUCCAGAGGUUCUGCGGGAAAUUGAUUGGAGGAGGAGGAGGAGGAGGAGGAGGAGGGAGAGAGGGAGAAGAAACAUCUCCGAUCCUUUUGUAAUUUGGUUGAAUGUGAAUCUCUCCCACCCCGUUUCCAGCCUUAAUCAUGAUUCCGAGUUUAUCUGGAGAAGUUUUUUCGUUUGAGGAAUUCGACAUCGAUUUCGAAUUCGACGCACCUCGUUUCUACGAUUUCUCCAGACCUGAGCUCGAUUCCGAGACAGAGGAGAUCGAGUUCUGGUUCGAAUCCGCUGGAAACUAUCCUCCUUCGCCUUUUAGCCCAAAGUGCAAUUGGAAACUCGAGCCGCUUAAGCAAAUCACAAACAUCAUCUCCGAAACUAAGCCUGUUGAGAUUUCAAAACCGGUUAUAGAAUCCGGUCUGAAUCGAAAAGAUCAAUACAACGGGUUCAUUUAUUAUAACCAAACAGUUAAAGAUGUCUCAAAGACCAAACCCAAAUCAAAAACGAAAUCAUGCUGUAGCUCAACUUUAACAAGACCUACGGCUUCUUUACUUGCAAGGCAGAACAAACCAUUAGACGUUUACUCUGUUCAACUUCUGACUAGAUGUCAGAGAUCAUUAGCAAAGUUUGGUGGUAACUUAUCUCCGAUCUUAGACUCUAAGUUGCAAAACCAAGACACCAAAAGGCCAAAACUGGAAGCUAAGGUGUCUCGAGUUAACUCCAACAAAAGAUCGAAACUCACUGUUCCAAAGGAACCGAAUCUCAGAACUGCAGAAAGAUCUGAAAGACACAGGUCUAAGGUUAACUCAGAAACCGAGCAGAAUGCGAAAUCAAGGAUUAGUUCAUCCAAAAGAAAUGCUACAAACAAUAAUAUAAAUGUUGAACCUUGUUCAACACCUUUGCCAAAAAGUAAUACUCCACGGUCUCAAGAUCUUCAGGUAUUUGGCUUAAGAACAUUACUGAGAGCAAAGGAACGCUCUUCAAACGCGAAAAUUGAUGCCGUACAAGAGAACGUUGCUACUAACUCCAGAACGCUAAAAGCCACUGAUUCCUCAAAGGGUAGUAGGUUAGUCAAAGGAAACCACAGCAGAAAGAUAAAUUGCCAAGUGUAUGGAUCUAAUAUCUGCACUCUAGACUCAAAGAGAUCAAGUAAAGAAGAACUCCCUGAACCAACUAGCAUCAAAUAUGGAACUAAGAGCUCUUACAGGAGCCUGAAUUUAUGCCGGAAAUUCGAUUCACAGGAAGUUUCAGGGAGCCUAAUCAUUGCUUAAUCUUCACAUUGAAGAUGUUAUGAUAAUGUUUAAUACAAACGCCUUCCUAUGUCUACAUAUAUAUAUAUAGAAACGUGUAUACUUGUUUAGAUAUAUGCAUAGAGAAAGUGAUUUCAUUGAUUCUUUGUUGUGGGGUCAUACAUAUGUAAGCUAUUAAAUCAGAAGACUAAAGACUUUACAGUA